AUGGAACCUUUAUCUCUAAACAGUGAAGAUUCUCACAAGAAAAAAGAAGGGUCUCGUUGCUGUGCCACUGAUUCAAGUGCUGAGUCUAGAAAAACAAGUUUCAGUGGAUCUAGUUCUACUUCUACUUCUACCUCUACCUCUUCACUUUCUACUUUUACUUCUACUUCAGAUGAAGCUAAAGCGAAAGGGUUUUCUUCUCCUCCUACUCCUCUUGGCUGGCCUAUUCUCAAAGCAACACUUUCCAAUUCAAAGCGUUUGAGUUCUGAUGAAAAACAUAAACCCAACUUGGAGUUGGAUCACAACAAAUUUACCUCUAUUGAUUUAAAAAUCCCAGAUGUUGAUAUGAUGAAGGAGAGGUUUGCAAAGUUGUUGCUUGGUGAAGAUAUGUCAGGUUCAGGAAAAGGGGUUUGCACUGCUUUGGCAAUCUCUAAUGCCAUUACUAAUCUUUGUGCUACUGAAUUUGGGCAACUAUGGAGACUGGAACCACUACCUAGUGAGAAGAAAGAAAUGUGGCAGAGAGAGACGGAAUGGCUUGUUAGCAUUAGUGAUCACAUUGUUGAAUUAAUACCUUCUUGGCAAACAGUUCCGGAUGGAAAGAAACUCGAGGUAAUGACUUGCAGGCCUAGGAUAGAUAUUUGUAUCAAUCUUCCCGCCCUUCGCAAACUUGAUAACAUGCUACUCGAAAUAUUAGAGAGCUUCACAGCUACAGAAUUUUGGUAUGUUGAUCAAGGAAUUGUAGCUGCUGAUGCAGAUGGUUCGGCCUCUUUUCGCAAGUCAAUUCAGCGGCAAGAAGAGAAGUGGUGGCUCCCGCUACCCCGUGUCCCCCCUGCAGGUCUCAGUGAGAAGUCAAGAAAGAAGUUGAAUCACUCUAGAGAAAGUGCUAGUCAAAUUCUCAAAGAAGCCACGUCUAUCAACAGCAUUGCGUUGGCCGAAAUGGAAGUUCCCGAGUCAUAUUUGAAAACCCUCCCUAAGAACGGAAGAGCUUGCCUCGGAGAUUUUAUUUACCGAUACAUCACAUCAGAUCAAUUCUCUUCAGAGUGCUUACUUGAUUGCUUAGACAUAUCUUCUGAACAUAUUACACUCAAAAUUUCCAGCAAUGUGAAGCUUGUGCUAGUACGUAGAGUUGGGGUCCCACAACCGUCCUUUUGA